CAACUUUCAUGUCCCCACCACCUAAGGCGACAUCUAUUUCCUUCUACCCUCAAGAUAAUAAUGUGCUUGCUAUUGGCUUUGAUGAUUCUAGCAUCUUUAUUUAUAACGUCCGUACAUGCAAGGUUAUCAGAAAGCUCAAAGGUCACUCAACAAGAGUCACUUCUCUUGCCUUCUCAAACACUUUACAUGUUCUUGUUUCUGCUGAGGUUAAUAAUCAGAUUUGCUUAUGGAAUAUCGAAGGCUGGGAAAAAGUGAAAGGAAGGAACUUGCAGAUACCUGCUCAAAGGAAGCCAGAAGUGCCAUCUGAUACUCACAUUCAGUUUCACCCGGAACAGAUAAACUUCCUCGUUGUACAAGAUAGCCAUCUUGCAAUUUAUGAAGCACAGGAAUUAACUUGUAUCAAACAGUGGGUUCCGGUACUCCCUUUGGUUAUCUCCCAGGCAGUUUUCUCAUCUGAUGGAACGGACAUAUAUGCCGGAUUUUGUGGAUGGGACUAUCACCAUAUUUGAUGGUUUAAAUCUUCAGCCUCUUUGCAAGAUAGAUCCCACUGCUUACCUGCCCCACACUUCAAGUGAGAGCAUAUCCCUACUUGCUAUGGCGGCAAAUCCCGUGACGGCAGGCCAGUUUGCUGGGGGCUUUCAGAUGGUAAUGUCUAUGUGAUGGAGCCUCCUGAGCCAGGACCUAAGUGGCCCACACUUGCACGUGAUGACAAGGAGGCAGCAGAACCCAGUGGUGUGGGAGUCGUUUAGUCUGAUGCGAAUUGAGGGGGAUAAGACUUGCACAUGGUUUAUCCAGGGAGCAAUAAAUCGGCCCAAUAGUUCAGUUGUUGCAUUAGUUUUAUAGAAAUCUUUCUGGGGCCUUUGUUGAAGGCCCGAACUCUGAAAAAAAAAAAAAUUGAUGGCCCCUGCUUAUACCUCCUCUUUAUCUGCUUCUAAUGGAUGUCAUUGCGCUU